AUGCCCCCAGAAAAUACUCCUUCGCAAGGAAUCUCUGCUCGAUCUCCUCCGCCGGUAUUCGCAUCAUCCCUUCAACAGUUGAGCGCUGUCUCAACCCCUGUCCCCACUCUCCCAGCGGCCGCCUCGCAUGACGCUCAUGAUGACAACGUGAUCUUCCUUCGAUCUCGAGUUCGCUCUCCUCACGGCUCUUCCUCGUCAAGUCGACAACGUCGCCGACGGCAUCAAAUCCUUUCCGAGUUUGAGUCUGAUCCGAUGGAGUUGGACGAGUCGACUGGAGUACGUAUGUCCGUGGAAAUCAGUCGCCAUCCCAUAGUGCGUCGGCCACGAGAGGAACCGACGAAUAUGCCGAACUAUGAAGGUCGUGUCUCCAACAUACGGUCGCUGUACGGCUGGGCCCCAGGCUCCGACGAGGAUGACGAGGACGAUUUGGUUUACGAACCUCUGCAGGAUCCCAACAGUAUCUCCUCUUGGUUUGGCAGACUCUCGGAUCGCAAUGCGACGUCCAGGCGCCACAUACGACGUGAUGCGACCGGACGAAGCCCCCUUCCACUCCCCACUGAGCCUUUAGAGAGUAGCAGACACCGGAUGGACGACACAACUCUCGCGACGGCCGAAGCUCUGUUGCAGUCGGUCAGACGCCAGCCGCGCCUCUCGAGGACGCGGACAUUACACAACUAUCUUUUGGACCGGGAGCGUACCAGUCAGGAUUCAGAAGAUGGCAGGGAACGAGCGACUCAGUCCCCGACUUCACGCGCAUAUCGGUUCAUACCUAGUAGUCGAGGCGAUAUGCGCGCUCGUGUCAACGCUCAUCGGCAGCUGCAUAUGGAUCAUCCUCCCAGUCCGCGCUUGAAGGAAAUUAUCAGAUAUCUCGACCGUUUGCGCUAUUCGACCUCCUUUGAAGAAAGCCUUUCAUCGGCUGCCGCAGGUGGAUUUGUUCAACUCGACUUCUCCUGGGAUGAAGAUGAUUUUAUCUUGGAUACUACAUUAAUUGCGCCGCCACCACCAUGUUCCUGGCUACGUCCCGGUAUGGUUUUCAAAGGCUCGCAGAUGGCAGCAUGCACUCCCACCUCGAUUUUCGCGCACCGUGGGCCAACCUCCCAUCCGGCUACCGAACCAGUGAUUGUCAAUGGCGGUGAUAAUGGCCGCAUCAGUGUUUACACGACAAGCGGUCGGCGGUACCUAGCUAACAAUAAUAUCCACAACUUUGGAACAGGGAAGGAUGAGAAUUGGCCGGUCAAAGUCACCAUUCACAAUAUCAACUACCAAGAGAUGACGCUUUCAGGUACAAUGGAAGCAUACAACAUUCCUGAUAAGACGUCGCCAUCUCAUGAUGCACAUAUCGUCACCUUUCUGGAGGGGGAAAUUAUAGACUUCAACACUCACACUCUUGAGACGAAAAAUUUCAAAGCCGACGCUGAAACUGACAGUACCUACUGGCGCGAGCUGCAACCGUUUAAGAACUUGACGGACGAAGAGAUGACAAGGAACCUUGUGAGUCGAAAAUGGAUUACCGAAGAGCUAUCCAAACGGUGGAUCUUGAUGCGAUGGAAAGAACGCUGUUUCAUCACUCCCACCGACGCGCGCCAGGGCCUCACAAUCUCAGGAUUCUACUAUAUCUCUCUUCGUCGAGAUACUGGGCACAUUGAAGGUCUCUACUACGACCCGGGAAGCUCACCGUAUCAGCAGCUGUCACUGAAGCCAGAGACGGAGAAGAUGAUUCGUCCUUCAUACAACUUCAGGUAA